GAAACAGCCGAAUGAAUAUGAAUCCGCCAAAUUACUCCAGUAUAGUUGCAGCUUUAGCUGCAAUUCUCCUCGCUUCCAUCUUCAAAUUCGCCCUCACGAAGAAGAAUCAGCAGCCGAAGAAGAAGUAUCAUCCCAUCGCCGGCACAAUUUUCCACCUCCUCUACCAUUUCCGCCGCUUCUACGACUACCUCACCGAUCUCACUCACAAAAACACCACCUUCCGAAUCCUCUACCUCGAUAACGUCGAAAUCUACACCUCCGAUCCCGCCAACAUCGAGUACUUCCUCAAAACUAACUUCGCAAACUACGGCAAGGGUUCGUACCACCACGACGUCCUCGAAGCUCUCCUCGGCGAUGGAAUUUUCACCGUCGAUGGAGAGAAGUGGCGCCACCAGAGAAAGAUGUCCAGCUACGAAUUCUCCACCAGAAACCUCCGCGAUUUCAGCGCCGGCGUAUUCAAGGCGAACGCAGCUAAACUCGCUCAUUUGAUCUCCGCAGCUGCCGAAUCAAAUCAAAUUGUGGAAAUUCAGGAUUUGUUCAUGAAAUCGGCACUAGACUCUGUGUUCAAGGUUGUGCUGGGCGUUGAUCUGGAGAGCAUGCGCGGAGCAGACGGAGGAGGCCAGUUUUCGAAGGCUUUCGAUGAUGCAAGUGAGAUGACUACUCUUCGAUACGUGGAUGUCACCUGGCCUAUCAAGAAGUUUCUCAACAUUGGAUCAGAAUACACUCUUAGAAAGUGUAUGAAAGUAGUUGAUAGCUUCGUUUACGAGGUCAUCGACAGCAAGAUUGCACAGGCUAGAAAACCACAGCAUGAAUCGCAAGGUAGCAAAGGAGAUAUUCUGUCGAGAUUUCUGGAAACGAAUGAAACAGAUCCUAAGUACCUAAAGGACAUAAUCCUGAGCUUCAUAAUUGCUGGCAAGGACACAACAGCCAGCACUCUCUCAUGGUUUUUCUACAUGAUGUGCAAGCACCCUCACUUGCAGGAGAAGAUUCUAGAACAAGUGCGCUGCGCAGCAGAACUAGACGAACAUUCUAGCAUCGAUGACAUAGCUUCCAGUAUCACAGAAGCAGCAUUGGACAAGAUGCAGUUUCUCCACGCUGCUCUCACCGAGACUCUCAGGCUUUACCCUGCUGUUCCAGCCGAUGGGAAGAUGUGUUUUGCAGAUGACACAUUCCCGGAUGGAUUCAGUGUGAAGAAAGGGAAUUUGGUGUCGUACAUUCCUUACUCUAUGGGAAGGAUGAAAUCUCUGUGGGGCGACGAUGCAGAGGAGUUUAAGCCGGAGAGAUGGCUUGAUCAGAACGGCGUUUUCCAGCAACAGAGCCCCUUUAAGUUCACAGCUUUUCAAGGAGGUCCAAGAAUCUGUUUAGGGAAAGAGUUUGCUUACAGACAGAUGAAGGUUUUUGCAUCCGUGCUACUCACUGCCUUCUCCUUUAAGUUGGCAGACGAAUCGCGACCUGUGAAUUAUCGACCAAUGCUAACACUUCAGAUUGAUGGCGGCCUUCAUCUGAUUGCUGCUUUUAGGACUAAGCAACAAGGAGGUUCUGCAUCGUCUCGCCUUCCUCUUUGAGUACAAGCUGUUGUAUAGGUAAAAAUAAAAUGAAGCUGGAAUAUGAAUUUUAUAAUGUGUAUUAUUUGGUUUUCUGUUUGAACAUAGACAUGAAUCAGACCUCAGUUUCUUGAAGGCUACAUUGUAAUAGUAAUAUGAAUAAUACGAAAAUAUAAUGCCACAUAUGCUAAUUCAUGUCUCA